AUGGGUUACAGAGGAGCAGGGCUCCUCCCUAUUUAUGAAAGCGGGCGGGCCUCCGCGGAAGAGCGGAAAAGGGCCCGGACGGAGGCCCAGCGGCCCACCCCGUCGGGCACAGGGCGGGGAAACCCGCACCUCAGCGGAAACGCGAGGGACAACAUCCACGCGGCACCGGCCGCAUAUUACGCCAACGGCAGGCCAUACGCCGCACCAACGGCGGAGCCGUUCGUCAAUAAAGGCCCCUUCCCUCCAAACGGCGACGCGCGCCGCCAGACCCAGACAAACGCGAUAACGGGAGGCGCCGCACCCACAAACCCCCAAGGGCACCCCAACAGCAGCCAACAAAAAAAUGAAAAAAGAGAAGCCACCGAAAACAACACCACAGCAAGCCCACAGCAGCAAGAACCGCCUGCAGGAGAGAACGGGUGCAGCCACGCCGCCCUAAAGGACCUUUUGCGGCGCAUAAUAGCACUAGAGUUUUCUGGGAGAUGCACCCAACGUUCCAUGGCAGUGGUGCAAACCAUUUGCGACACGCUGUGUCAGAGUCCCCUGGCCGUGGUGAAAGUCAUGGAGGUGUUGGACGAGUGCUUUGCGGAAGCCGUCGAAAGGAAACAGCAACAGCAGAUACUGAAUUAUUGGUAUAUCGUGGACGCCGUGAUGAAACUAUUCCGGGAGCGUCCCAAAAUGUUGAACGCAGUUGUUGUGGCUUUGCCGCACCUCCUUUUACAGUACGUCCCUUGGAAAAAAAGCAAAUUAGCGGAAGAGAGCUGGAUGCAUUCUGAAGAAGAGGAAGGUCGCUACGAGCACCUGUUUAAAACAUGGGACCAUGCACUGCCAAGGCCCCUCCUUGACGAAAUUUGGGCCUUCUGGAAGGACGGGGCUGGCCCAGUAGAGACACCGAGGUUUACGAGCGCCCAGCGGUGA